AUGUUCUUGCAUUUUCCAAUUCCAAGUCCGGCAAUUCCAGCUGCUUCAAUAUCACUUCCUGUGAAUAAUUUGGAUUUUAAACAAGACUCUUGUUUUGAGGAUUGUGGUCUUUUGUUCAAUGAGAUGCUCUCAGAAACUGAACCUUCAAGCAUCAACCCUAGCAGUGAUUGCACUGUCAAAAUGGGCGAGGCACGGGAGGAAGGGCUUCGUGGUUGGGCUGCAGUGGAUCAGCUUGUAGCAAUUCAGCUCACUGGCCAAUCCGAGACACUGGAGAAAUUAUCCGCCUAUGGUAAAUCCACCAAGGACUUCUGUUUAUCUCCUUACGAUGAUGUAACAUCAUCCCAAUUAUGUUCAAAUGGAUCAAAUCAAGCUGCCCAAGUUUAUGGAAAUGAGGUUGAUCUUUGA